AUGUCUGACCACGAGGGAGCAUCACCGGCGUCGUCAGCCCCAUCGUCCCCAUUGGUUCCAGUGUCUCCAAGAUCCGAUCACAACGCUCCAGAAUCUCCGUCCGGAGACGUCGCCGAUUUGUAUAAAGAUGACGAUUCUCCAUUAGCCCCACGAAGCCCAGCUUCUCCAAGAAAAUCGCCUGAAAACUCGCCUGUAGGAAGUCCAGUCAAAACUACAAAAGUAGUGAUCUCCAGUGACGAAGAUUCUGACGACGAGGGGCCAUCGUCAAAAAAACAGCGUGCAGUUCUGUCGGACUCUGAUGCUAGUGAUACAGAAGCAACAACGAAGAAGUCGCGAAUCACAUUGGACUCGGACGAUUCGGAUCAAGAAGGUGAUAAGCAACAGAAACGCAAGGACUUGUUCGGAGAUGACAGUGACGAUGACGAUUUCGAUCGUCCAAAGAAGCAAAAUGACGAUCUGGAUGAGUUGGUGAAAGGGGACUUGGAAGAGGAUCGAGGAGAGCAACAGCGUCCGAUUUAUGAUAGUGAUGAUGACGAUGGACCAUCGGAUAGACGUGGAGGGCGGAAUUUUGAGUGGGAUUUCGAUAAGAUGUUAGCAGAGAAGAAGGCAGAAAGGAAGAGAAAAACUCGUCGUGGAAAAGACGGAGGCAUUGAUAUUAUCAAUGAUGAUGAUGGAAUGGUAGCGAAGUUGGUGGAGAAAAUGAAGCAUGCGGCGAAAUCUGAUCGAAAUGCAAAUGUGGAGCGGAAGCCGGCAUUCCAAAAAAUCAAAAUGCUUCCAGAAGUGAAGGCGAUCAUGCUGAGAGCGGGAAUUGUCGAAGUGCUCAUUGAGAAUGGGUUUAUGAGUGCUCUCUCCGAAUGGCUGGCUCCUCUCCCCGAUAAAUGUCUUCCAGCACUAGACAUUCGUAUUACUGUACUCAAGCUUCUUCACAAUCCACGCUUCUGGAAGCUCGACAGAAGCACUCUGAAGCAGUCGGGACUCGGAAAAGCUGUCAUGAUGUUGUACAAGCAUCCGAAUGAGACCAAAGAGAACAAGGCGAUCGCUAAUAAGCUGAUUGGAGAGUGGGCGAGACCGAUUUAUCAUCUGGAUACGGACUACAGUACAGUGUCAAGACAAGAGCGUGAGGAGCGGGACUAUUCGAGAAUGCCGGAGAAGAGAAAGAAGAAGUUGCAUAGCCGCGAAGAGGAACCAGACGAGGACGAGGCGCCGAAACGGCCGCGAAUCAGAGACGCCGAAGGGUUGGGGCCGACGAAGUCGUUGGAUUUGAAGCCUGGAGACAAGGGAUACAUCAAUCGAGCACGUGUCCCGAAGCCUUCUACCAAGGACUAUGUCAUUCGUCCAGAGUGGAGAGUGUCUGGAGAGUUCAAAGGGGAGAAGAAGGCGUCCGGCUCAAAGCGUUAUGACCAAACACUUCGUGAUUUCCAAGAGAGAACCCGGAAAUCCAAAGCCAAUCGUCUCGUGAAAGUAUCUCUCGAAGGUAGAAACAUGGGAAUUUAA